AUGACCCUGACUAUGCAGUCUGCUGUAUAUCAGCAACCGAACAGUUGUUCCUCUUUUAAUGACACUCAUAUCGGACAGGACAAAAUAAUUCAGAAGCAAGAAUUAUUGAAUGGUGGGAGUCAAAAGUCUCCCAUGCAGUCCUGCUCUGUCCAGUCUCGCGGUAUCCCUACUGCCAGCCUGAAUGCUGCAAUUUCAUCCUCGCUGAAAUUGAACAACUUUAAUUGCUCUGCCCCACAGUCAGACUCUUCACUAAAUCUUCUUAACAACGUCGUUUCUUUCCACCCGUCUCCGGCAAUGCCCUUGGAUUCUCUGAUCAAGUCUCGCAUCGAGAAUAUGCCAAACUCGACAGUUUUGGUCAACAAAUCUUGGGUCAAAAAUACUGGUACCAACGGCAAGGUCCAACUUUUUCCCGAUUCCGAGCUUCUCAAGUGCUGUAAAAAUUCCCAGUCUGCUCUUCCGCGUGUCAACCUUGGCCUCAGGAAUGCUGGAAACACUUGCUACCUCAAUUCAGUCCUUCAGUGCCUCUUGGCCACUGGUUCCCUCUUGCAUUUCAUAAAUGAAAAACACAACAAACCAGGUGUCUGUGUCUAUGCCAAUGGGAAGAAUGGCAGGCGGUUCUGCGCUCUCUGCGCUCUUUUCCGCCUGUUUCAAGAACAUGGUCAACAAAACAACCACUCCCUCAUGUCCCAGAGCAUGGACUUUUCCAACCGGACUAGCUUCGGAUCCACGACUCCAUCUGUCUUCGCGGCCAAUGUUCGAGCUGUGUGUCCGAAUUUGCGGGUCUACGCACAGGAGGACGCUCACGAAUACCUCCUUGGGUUGCUCUCGCGCAUGGAGGACAGUGUUCUCACUGGGGUAGGUAAAGUACCUCGAUCUGCUCUCGAUACCAACGUAAUCCGUCGGAUUUUUGGCGGUAUCACGAGGUCUGAGGUCACUUGUACCUUUUGCCACAAGGUGUCGCCGCGAAACGACCAAUGGUUCAAUUUGUCAAUGGACAUUACAUACGCCCGCAGUCUCCAGCAAUGUCUGGUCAGCUUCACGCAAACCGAAAUCCUCCAAGGCGCCAAUGCAUACAAGUGUGAGACUUGCAAGCAGCUUCGACACGCGCGACGCUCAUCUCGCAUUUAUCGUGCUCCCCCCAUCCUUAUUGUCCAAUUCAACAGGUUUUCUCGCAGUCACAAGCUUGAUUACCGUGUGGAAUUUCCUGCAUCUUUUAAUAUGCGGCCGCACAUGACUCCGUCAAGCGGAGCCCCGGUCGUGUACCACUUGUACGCCACCUUGAACCACGAGGGCUUCAGCUGUCGCUCCGGUCACUACAUCGCCUUCACCAAACGGAGGAAUCAGUGGCUCUCGCACAACGACAGCGUUGUAAGUUGCCUGAGCUUUUCAAAAGUUACCUCAACGACUCAGGAACACGUCCUCCGCCAGUCGCCCUACCUCCUUUUCUACCAACUGGCUUCACCCGAGGACGUCAUGACCCCCUCCCAAGGUGAUUGUCCAAUCAGCCCAGCGAACAAUCGACCCAGCGCCACCAAUGUCAGUUCUGCCGUGCCUCCUGCCGCGUCUACCACCCCGCCUUUCCAGUCUGACAGCAGUGGUAGGGUUCCCUCGACUGCGUGUGAUCUUGACCAAAUCCCCCUUCCCUCUGGUUCCGCAGCCCCCGUAAAAUCGAGACCCUCCAUCACCUUCCACCCGCGUGUCCUCGCCAAACCCUCACCGAUCCCAUCCAAAUCUCCGACUGUAGCUCCAGGCGCCAAGGCACCGGAGGCCCGUGUUAACACGAAUGGCGAUUCUUUCACUGGCCGCGUGGCAGCAAUAACCGCAGGGAAGCCAUCCUCACCGGAACCAACUGCAACGCCUGGUUCCCGGCCUCAACAGCAGACCCCUGCCACUGCUAACGCCACUUCUCCAGGCGAACGAAAUGCGAAUUCGCCACUGCUGACCACUAAUGGUGAAGUCACAAUUAGUCGCCAGAAAAGCCCUCCGCCACCGUCUUUGACUUUGGUUAACGGUCGUUGCCAAUCCAGCAGUGACAGCGCGAGCACGGAGUCGAGCAGCGUGGAGUGGGUUCCUGUGACCAAGGCUGACCUCCUCACACGUAAGCGGUGUUACAAGGACUUGACAAACAACACCAAUGACGAAGGCUCAGGCGUUCCUUGGAGUGAGAAAAAGCGACUGAAGUGGACCUCUGCUGAAGCCGCGUCGGAUUACCACAAGGCGCACCAUAAGAAGCACCGCCAUCACAAGCGUCGUCGCGACAAGCAUCGGCACAAGAAAAAGCGACGCCAUGAUUUCGGGAGCAGUCAAAAGCAGCAAAGCGAACGACACAUGCGCGGAAACCUUCCUUAA